AUGCUAUUACUGUGGUUUGGCUUCUUUUCCUUCGUUUUUGGGGUGGUGAUCUAUCGACUAUAUUUCCAUCCUCUCAGCAAGUUCCCGGGGCCGAAACUAGCUGCCCUAACAAGUCUUUAUGAAUUUUAUUACAAUGUGGUCCUGGGUGGCCGGUAUCUGUGGGAGAUAGAGCGGAUGCAUGAGAAAUAUGGUAAGAACAUUAUUCGACACUCAUAUCUCAAUACUAAACAUUUUCGAGGUCCUAUCGUGCGCAUUACACCCCACGAGCUUCAUGUGGCAGAUCCAAACUUCUAUACGGAAAUCUAUGCAGGCCCUACCAGGAGGCGCGACAAAGACCCAAGACUUGUGCGACUGGCAGGCCAACCGACUUCCAUGUUCGCGACUGUUGAUCAUGGCCUGCACAGUUCGCGUCGAGCUAUCCUGAACAGCUACUUCUCCAAAAAGUCAAUCGCAGGCUUAGAAGACAUGAUCCAGGGCAAGGUGCAAAAGCUUGUCAAGCGGCUAAGCAUAGCCUGUGAUCAAGGCACAGUUGUAAAGCUGGAUGCUGCGUCUUCGGCUCUGACUGCGGACAUCAUCUCGGAGUAUGCGCAUGGUGUGAGUCUUGACUACUUGGACGAUGUCAAUUUCAAUAAUGAAGUUGCAGACUCCAUAUUAAGUCUUGCAUCUGUAGUUCAUGUGUUGAAAUUCUUCCCUUUCCUUUUGGAUCUUUCAAAGUUCAUACCUGAUAAGGUGCUUGAAAAGCUUUGGUUCCAUGCAGCCAACAUUUUGCGACUACAGAAACUGGUUCGUGCUCAAGCCGACGUCGCACUGCAAAAUGGAGGUAAAGUGGACGGUCAAGCAACAAUGUUUGGUGCUCUCUGUGACCCCUCCUUGCCUGCGCAGGAAAGAACAUUGGAUCGGUUGCAGGACGAAGGCUUUUCGUUGAUUGGUGGAGGCACAGAGACUACAACGGGAACAUUGAAGAUCGUUAUGUUCCACUUGCUCAAUGAGAAGGCAUUACUUCUCAAGCUCCGCGAGGAGCUCGAGCAAUACCCAUCUAGCACAUGGGCCGAACUUGAAAAACUGCCCUACAUGAGAGGAACGAUAAAUGAGGGCCUUCGGCUCUCCGGCGUCAUAACUCGUCUUCCCCGACGUGCACCCGAUGAAGCACUGGUAUACAAGCAAUGGACAAUUCCCCCAAACUCCCUGAUGAGCACAUCAUCUCAUUUUGUUCAUACAAACUCGGACCUGUUCCCUAAUCCGCUUGCCUUUGACCCUGAGCGCUGGAUCCGGGCUGAAGCGGCCGGCCAACGCCUGGAGCAUAUGAUUGUCACCUUCAGCAAAGGCUCUAGACAAUGCAUGGGUAACCAGUAA